AAUUCCCUAAAUUAGCUCACCUCCUCUUUCUCUCUGUCGAAUCUGUUCUCCUCUGACUUCUUUGGUCCUGUAUUUUCCUGAAAUUUGUCAAAUUUUUCACAUAGGACAAUCUAUUUUGGCAUCUGGGUGUUGGUGAUUUUGAGCUUCUGCAAGCUAAUUUUGUUUUGGAGGCUUUUCAUCUCUUGUUUCUUAUUCCUGGGUUUCCACUGGUCGGUUCUGGUUUUUGGAUGUGUUUGGGAUUCUCGGGUAAUCUCUUGAAUUUAUGAGAGAAAUAAGAAGAUGAAGAGAGGGAAAGAUGAUGAGAAGAUUAUGGGGCCGAUGUUCCCUAGGCUUCAUGUUAAUGAUACAGAAAAAGGAGGGCCAAGAGCACCACCUAGGAAUAAGAUGGCCCUCUAUGAGCAACUCAGUAUUCCUUCUCAAAGGUUCAAUCCUGGGGUCUUGCCUCCUAAUCCUAGUAAAUCUACCGGCUUUGUUCCUCACGUUUCCUCAAGCCAGGGAAGCAGCCUGGAAAGGAAUAUGCUUUUGCCUCAUGUAUCUCCUACAACACCCACUCUUCAGGCUGGUGUGAAUGCUCCUGCGGCACAGCUUGAGCUGAGAAAGAAGGCAGGAGAAGAGGAUGAUUUCAGCGUACCUGUAUUUAACACAGAGAUGGGUCAACGUUAUAGUAAAAUUCAGACCUGCAUUGAGGGGGAGAAACUUGCUCCCGCGACUUACACUGGCCGUUCAGUAAAACUCCAAAAUGUUACUGGUAAGGAUCCAAAUCGAAGUAGCUCUUCAGUCGUCAAUUUAAGAAAAGAGGCCGGAGAGCAUGCUGAAGAAAGGCCAAAAGUAUGCUUGAGUAGGGAGCAUGAAAUAAAGACUGCAUCAAAUUCAUCUACAAGACAAAAAAUUGAUGGACCCGUGAAGGAGUCCAAGGCAUCUCCCUCACCAGAUUGUUCUAGAGCUGGUUUACAAACAAAAAAUAAUGGAUUUCUUGAUCGUGUUGAGUCUGUAAGAGAUAUUGACAACGGAGUCCUUCCCCUACCAAGAAGGGAGUCUUGUACAGUGGAGGACCGUAGCAGCCCAGAUGAACCUAAUAAUGAAAGUGAAUGUCCUGGAGUCGAGAUAUGUGGUUCACUACACUUGGUUAAUGGGGAUGAUGAUGCCUCUGAGACAUCCAUGGUGGAUUCUAUUUCAGGUGUGGAUAUCUCCCCUGAUGAUGUGGUUGGAAUAAUAGGUCAGAAACAUUUUUGGAAAGCAAGAAGAUUAAUUGCCAAGUAAGUUCUUAUGCAAAUUGUUGACUUUUCAAAUAUCUUUCCUUCUAAUGCUUUCAACCUUAGAAUUUCAUGGAAAAGGUUUCUGAUAAUGUAUGGAUCAACUGGUAUAAGCAACAGAAAAUUUGGUUCUUUUUUAAAUGGAGAAAAUCAAUAUACUCUCUUCUUUGAAGAGUAUUUCUUGGUUUUUUAGGAGGGGUGGAAGAAGAAAUGUAAGUGAAAUAUGUAGAAAUAUGUGAUGUUCUGGGAGUCAUUCUCUUUGUGGAAUGGUAAUGGUCUUAUGUUCGGGUGCAAUGGUUCGGAUUCAAGGUUGGUUGGUAGUCAUUUAAUGUAGACGUUCUAAAAUUAGUAGCCGCAGACCUUUUAACUGGACUAACUUUUGGUGGAUUGAUAUAUCCAUGUAAAAGAAAAAGUAAAUUCCUCCCAUACUAAAUAAAACCAUCAAAACAUGUGCAAUGAAUUUCUUCUUUGUUAUUAACUUCAAUGUUAUCAUUUUAAUGUAGCCUUGUUUCUUUAAUGAGCUCUUUUAGCUUUCAUUCUCAUUCAUUUCAUCUAAGCUAUGGCAAUAGAGAUGGAGGUAAGAA